UGUGACUCCUCCACACUGACUAGAGAAGAAAUCAUCCCGGAAGUGGUGGCGCAGUGGUGAAAUAGGAAGUGUAAAAUGGAGGCAGCCGUGUUCAUUUUUUCACUCGUCGACUGCUGCGCUUUAAUAUUCCUCUCCGUUUACUUCAUUAUUACUCUGUCUGAUCUGGAGUGUGACUACAUAAACGCUCGAGCUUGCUGCUCAAAGUUGAACAAAUGGGUUAUACCUGAGAUGAUCGGUCAGGCUCUGGCCACUGUGUUAAUGCUGGUGUCCAUGCACUGGUUUGUGUUCCUGCUCAACCUUCCUGUUUCAUCAUGGAAUGUGUACAGAUACGUGAAGGUUCCGAUGGGGAACAUGGGGGUGUACGAUCCGACGGAGAUUCAUAAUAGGGGUCAGCUCAAGUCCCAUAUGAAGGAAGCCAUGAUCAAACUAGGCUUCCACCUUCUCUGCUUCUUCAUCUACCUGUACAGAAUGACCAAAGUGCAUAAUCUGCAGGGUUUCCGUGGCUCUGUGCAUCUCCUUGUUGGACUCCAAGAUGGGUGGGGAGUAGAGAUGAUGAAGCUAUCUCCUUUCACCAUUCACAAGGGCAUUACAGGAAUGGCUACUAAUGUUAAGGAGGUGAAGAAACUGCAAUCUGGACAGAUUCUGGUGGAAUGUUGUAGGAAGUCUAGUUCGGAAAAUCGUCUUCGUUCCAAUUGGGCUGGUUUUGAUAUAAAGAUGUCUCCACAUCCAACACUCAACUACAGCAAAAGGAGUGAUUCGUACAGGGACUUGGACGAUGUAGAAGAAAUAACUUCUGUAUUAAAUCUUAAGGAGUGA